GAUGUAUAUAUUCAGUUGUAGAAGUUAUGAAGAAGAUUAAAGUGUUCCUCGGGUUUUUCCAAGCAUUAAACGGGAUUGUUCAUUAUUAUCCCGAUCCUGAAACAGGUCUUUUAAAGAGAUCUCAGUAUCUUAAGCUUUACAGCCUGCUGAUAGCAUGUGGUAUACCGCUGCUGUUUCUGGUUAUUUUAUCGGAGACACCAAUUAUUUUAAGUCACUUAACUUCGAAUUGGCUGAUAUAUGGUCGCUGGAUUUGUACGAUAAUCCAAGUUAUGGUUAUACUUGCAGUUAUUUAUUGUGCGCAAUUCCAACAAUCUUCAAUUCAGCGUCUUUAUUUAAAACUACAAGUGAUGGAGGAGAUUAAACCAACAGCUAAAAAUCGGAAUCAUCCAUAUACUUUACUGUAUAUUAAACUAUUUGUUGUUGUUAGCCAUUUAAUUAUGCACGCCAUAUAUAAUAUUUGGAUAUUGCGACACUCAAAUUCUUCAUUACACUCGCUUGCCAUUGUAUACGGUUUCUUAACCUACUCCUUGUCAGCUGCAAAAGCAUUUCUUUUAUAUGGAUUUCUAUGGAGUAUUUGUUACUGUGGAUUCGGAAUACAGUUUCAACUUGAACAGUUACUAGCAGGACGAGUCCAGCUCCGAGAACUUAAGGAGAUCUUUAAGCGACAACAGGAUCUUAUUAAUUUGUGCAGUGAAUUUUGCCAAAUAUUCCGACACGUGAUGUUGUUCUCUCUGGCCCAAAAACUUGGCGUUGGCAUCUUUUGUGGCUAUUUUCUUUUCCGACUUGAAUUAACAGAUGGAGUCCCUAGGUGGAAGUCUUUCGGCCUCUUUGGAUCAAGCAUAAAUUCCUUCGCUGAGUUUUAUAUUAUUAACAAUAUGGCCAGAACUAUAGCUUCUUUCAUUCCGGAUGCUAUAUUUAUGUUACGGCAAUCAGAACCUAAAAAAAAACGAGUGGAACGCGCUAUCAAUUUAAUUUGCUUGCAACUAAGUUGCCAGAGCACAGAGAUUCACGUUUUUGGCGUGUUUACUCUCAACAAACGGUUAUGGUUCGUUGUCAUAACAGAAGUUCUCUUGAACAUAAUUUACAUGGUCCAAAACGAUUAUCAUUUUUUCAUGUAA